AUGUCCGUCAAACCGAUCACGUCUCACAGCCAGUUCAUAUCCCUCAUGAUGGAAGAGGGAAAGACUGUCAUCGUAGACUUCGUCUCUGAAAGAUGUCCUCAGUGCAAAGCCAUCGCUCCUACCUUUCACGAGCUCGCAAGCAAGUUCUCAUCGGACAAGGUCGAGUUUUACAUCAUCGAUGCUGAAAAACUCGACGACGUCAGCUUUGAAGUUGGUGGGAUAACGAGCUAUCCUACAUUUAUCGCAUUCAAGGACGGUAACAAGAUGGAGGAAUCCACGUUCGGUGCUGUUCGCGAGAGGCUGCAGAAAUUCGUGGAGAAACACUGUUUACCUUAA